GGACCUUCUGACGUAUGCGUACCAAGAUGGCGCACAACCUCAACUUAGGUCGUGUACCAGGUUGGGGUUCAGGUUGUGCGACAUCUUGGUGCGCAUACUUAAGGAGUACCGAAUAUUUAGUAAAGUAAGACAGACAAUUCUUAAGGUCACCGUGCUGUAAAUAUUGGCGGUAAAUUUGCGUUUUAUAAACCAUAUAUAAUUUCUUAUCGAUUUUAACGAUGUGUAACACAUUUUUUGAUAUUUAAAUUUUCGAAAAAACAGCGCAUAUGUUGUCCCUUUCGCGCGAUCGAUUAUAUUAAUGAGGAUUAAGAUAAAAUUAAUAUCACUAAAAUUUACCACAGGUUAUCGCCAAAUCGAAAAUGUUGCUAAAAAAAAGCUUAACAAUCACCGUCUGAGAUCUCAGGAGUUAAAUAGAAGUUAGGGUUAAUUGCGUUGACAGCUAGUUAUGCAUAUGAAUUAAAAAAACAUGGUGAUCAGCGUCGGACCGCUAAAUUAUUGGCUGAUUUGGUCUUGCAGUAUUUAGUGAAUGAUAAAUAGAAAUGGAAAAGGCUUAUGUUCGGCUUGCUUUUUGGGGAUCGCUACUUAGAUUGUAUCCUAGUUUCGAAGAAUUUUAAAUUAAUUGGUCAUUGAAAUCAGUGGAAGAAUCACGUGUGUGCUUAAAACAACAGCUUGACAUAAACGCCAUUUAUCUUACUGACGGGGCUGUAAUAGGUAUAGUGCAUUUAGCAUUAAAAGAAAACUUACUAUAGGUGAGGUGAAAUUCAUAGAUGAUUGACAUGCAACAAAGACUAUCAUGCAUUAUGCUAUAACAAUCAUAGCUGUAAGUUAUCAACUUUUCAUUUAAAAGAAAGACACACCGACCUAAACACUUAUGCGCCGGUAGCCGCCUCGGGUAAGCUAAUUUAAAUUGUCACUUGUAAUUGUCGUUGAUGUGACUUCUCAGUUGCCAGAUUGAACAGGAAUAUUAAAUAUUAUCUCAUGCAGUCUUUCUGUAAUACAUGCGGUUAUUCAACAACACGACAAAAUGCAAAGUAUUGUUGCGUUGUUUUUGAUUUACUGCGCUGGGGAAGCUUUAGCAUUGAGGCGUGAAUAUUAUAUUGCAAUGGAAGAAAUAGUCUGGAGUUACAACGGUCCCGAAUCCAGUCCAUUCUUCAAGCGACCUGGGCCAACGAGGAUUGGAGGAGACUUCAAAAAAGCAGUUUUUCGCCAAUACACCGAUUCAACAUUCAGAACUCGAAGUCCGAGACCGAAGUCAUUGGGAUUAUAUGGUCCUUUUAUUAGAGCUGAGGUAAAAGACACAAUAGUUGUUCACGCUUUUAACCGAGCCUCCCGACCAUAUAGCAUUCAUCCACAUGGCGUUUUUUACAAGAAAUCCAGUGAGGGAGCGUUGUACUCGGACAACACAACAUCCUCAGAUAAAGUCGAUGACACGAUUCCACCCGGAGGAAAACAUAAAUACAUCUGGGAAGUUAGAGACGAAUAUGCUCCCGGACCGGAUGAUCCAAGCUGCCUCACUUGGGCUUAUCAUUCUCAUGUCCACGCCUCAAGAGAUCAGAAUACUGGCUUAAUCGGAACUCUACUCACAUGCAAGAAAGGAACAUUGACAUCCGCGGGACAUCGUACUGAUGUAGAUCGUGAAUUUGCUGCCAUUGUUUUUAUUAUUGACGAAAAUGAAAGUUGGUACAUUGACGAAAAUAUUAAGAAUUACACUUUGCAGCCAGAUAGUGUGGAUAAAAAAGAUCCAGAUUUUAUUGAAAGCAAUUUGUUCUAUUCUGUGAAUGGACAUACUUUUCUAACACUUUCGACUGAAAUGUGCAAGGGUGAUUUGGUGCACUGGCAUAUUAUUGGAAUGGGAUCAGAUCUACAUACAAUGCAAUUCACUGGGAAUUCGGUGAUAAUCAAUGGACAUCGCGAAGAUACUGCGACUUUGUUCCCGGCAACAUUUACGACAGCAAUUAUGAGACCCGAUAAUCCUGGCAAAUGGCUUUUUGGAUGUCACGUGUCACACCAUGCUUCCGGCGGAAUGGUGAUGGGAUAUGAAGUGCACGAUAAGUGUGGACCUUCAUUUGGGGCAGAAUUUGGAAAAGGCUUAGGAAGUGUUGGCGACACCAUUCGGACAUAUUAUGUCGCAGCAGAAGAAGUGGAAUGGAAUUAUGCCCCAACUGGAAUGAAUAUGUUCAGACAAAAACCAAUUGCAGAAGAUGGACAGUACAGUCAUGAAUAUUUUAGGAAAGGCCCAGAUAGAAUAGGAGGAAUCUAUAUCAAGGCGGUUUAUAAAGAAUACACUGAUGAUACAUUUCAAGUAGAAAUGGAACGUGAUCCUGUAAUGGGAAUCCUUGGUCCUGUUAUUUAUGCCGAAGUUGGGGAAACAAUACAUGUUGUAUUUAAAAACAAGGCUAAUCGGGUCUAUGAGAUUGAACCACACGGGGUUUUCUUCAAUAGCACAGUAAAAGUUGAACCAGGAAAGACUCACACAUAUGUGCGGCCUGUACCAGACAGAGUAUCGCCACUCGAAAAAGAUGACAACUGUGUUACACAUGCGUAUGCGUCGAUGGCCACUAUCGAUGUUGACCAACAUACCGGACUGGUCGGCCCCAUCGUGAUUUGCAAAAGAGGUAUGUUAGCAGACGAAAUGAAGAAAACAGUAUAUUACAUGUUGUUGGCAACGUUUGACGAAAACGAGAGCCCGUAUCUACAACAAAAUAUUGAUGCUUUCGCUGGAGAUCCUUCAUCGGUUGAUAAAGAUGAUGAAGAUUUCAAGGAAUCAAAUAGAAUGAGAUCGAUUAAUGGUUUGACGUUUGGGAAUAUUCUUGGAGUGCAGUUGUGCACUGAACAGUAUACCGAUAUUCGUUUAUUAUCUAUUGGUUCUGAUCUGAAUAACCAUGCCUUCAUAUUGGACGGAGCUGCAAUGAAAACUAGAAAUGAAUACACGGGCAUGGCUGGAGUAUUCCCUCACGUAAUCACAACGGUAAGUGUAUACCCCUAUGAACCUGGUGUAACGUUGUAUGGAUGUCACGUAUCAAACCACGGAAAAGGAAUGCUUGGUUUUUAUGAGUCAAAAUACUGCAGUGACCCGAAGCCAAAAUUCCAGCCUUCUGCUAAACGGACAAUUUAUCUCGGCAUUGUUGAGGAAAUUUGGGAUUAUCUUCCUCGUAGAUUCGAUCAUAAAGGAAAUUCUGUUGAUGAUCCAGAGCAUAUCGCUUAUUUAUAUGCUCACCAGGAGAAUGGAAAAUACAUAGGAUCAAAGUAUAAAAAGUCUAUUUUCUACGAAUAUACGGAUGCCACAUUCACAGUUCGAAAACCAAAACCAAAGCAUCUUGGAUUCGAAGGACCUAUCUUGAAAAUGGAAAUCGGCGAUGAAAUAAAGGUUGUUUUUAAAAAUAUGGCAACUAUUACGUUCAAUGUACAAGCCAUCGGGAUACAUGUGGCUGGAGUCAUGCAAGGUCCUGUACCACCCGCUAAGCCAGGAGAAACCGUGACGUAUACGUGGCAGGUAAGACCGGAGUUGGCUCCAAAUCCGGAUCAACCUGAUUGCUUCGCAAGUGCCUAUCUUUCUUUCGUUGACUUCAGAAGAGAUGCCUACAGUGGUGCUAGAGGACCCAUGGUCAUAUGUAGAAAAGGAACUUUGAAUCAAAAGGAAGGAGGAAUGGCAGAUAAAGAAUUUUCUUUAUUAUUUUACAUUACUGAUGAAAAUUUGAGUCAUUAUGUUGAUGAGAAUAUUCGUGAAUUUGCAAAGGCUGAUCCAGGAACAUUUAAUAAAAAAGAUAAAUCUUUUGUGGAAAGUAACAAAAUGAAUCAUAUUAAUGGAUAUAUGUAUCAUGUUCCCGAAUUGAAUAUGAAGAGAGGGGAACUUGUGAGAUGGCAUUUGUUUGCAGAGGGAGAAGAAGACAUUCAUUCGAUUCAUUUCCAUGCUAACGCAUUUGUACACCAUUCCAAUGCAGAAAACAAAGGCGAUGUGUUUAAUUUGUAUACUGGACGGUAUUCUACACUCUUAAUGCGACCGGAUGCUGUCGGUGAAUGGCUUCUACAUUGCCAUGUUAAUACUCACGUAGAUAUUGGAAUGGUUACAACAUACACUGUUCACGACCAGACAGCUAUCUGUAAGCCGAAAUGUAGUCCAUAUCGAUGUGAUUCCAAUUCUCAUAUCGAUUGUUCUCUUCUCGGUAUUGGCAAAACAUCUCAUUUAUUGAGCGACAAGCUUCAGGUGAAAGUUAAGUUUGCAGAAGACGUUAUUUUUGUACCCGCAUCCAGCAUUACUCAGUUAGACUUAAGUCACAAUAUGGCUCUUGGUGACGUUAAGAUAUUGAAAAGAACUCUGUCAUAUUUUCCACGACUCCACACUCUUUGGCUUAAAAACAUAAAUCUUAUGAACCUACCAGGAGAUCUCUUCGACGAAAACAAAUUCCUAAGGGUAGUGCACCUCCAGAACAAUCGUAUCCAAUACUUUCCAGGACGGUACGCCCGCCCUACCGGAAAAAUUGAAGUAUUGGAUCUUAGAAACAAUGACGUCAAGUCAGUGUCACCAAAUGUGCUUGUAGGACGAGGUAGACGAUUGAAAAGAUUAGAUUUGCGCGGAAACAACGAGCUUACACCUGAGUGUAUGAACGCUCUCCAUAUCGACUGGCGUAUGAUGAAAUUCUGUGCAGCGAGUGACAAGUUCGAAGGGAUUCCGAAGUCUGGAUGAUAUGUAUCAUGUUGCUGAUAAUUAUCAUUUCAAUAACAGUGCAUGCUACUGUUAGUUUAUGCGUAAAUAUGGGGAAAUAUGGGGUAUUUGCAGCUAUUGAUUUCUUUCCGCUUUUUUAUUAAUAAUCUACAAUGCAUUUUGUGUUUUUAUUAUUUUAUACGCAUGUCUGCCAAAUUUCAAUUGUGCCGAUAUGUUUUAAAAUUCGGGUAUAAAUCAAAUAAUUCAGGGAUCUCAAUUUAGUUGCAGUAAAAAUGUAAUGGUUAUAUAUAAUAAAUUGAAAAACACA